CCCACAGAGUCGCCCAGUGGCCGCGGCAGACGGAAGCAGAGCGCGAGUCCGGCGGCGGCGGCGGCGGCGGCGGCAGAAUGGGGGACUCCAAAGUAAAAGUGGCGGUACGGGUCCGGCCCAUGAACCGACGAGAAAUUGACUUGCAUACCAAAUGUGUGGUGGAUGUUGAUGCAAACAAGGUUAUUCUUAAUCCUGUAAAUCCAAAUCUUUCCAAAGGAGAUGCCAGGGGCCAGCCGAAGAUGUUUGCUUAUGAUCACUGUUUCUGGUCCAUGGAUGAAUCUGUCCGAGAAAAGUAUGCAGGUCAAGAUGAUGUUUUUAAGUGCCUUGGGGAGAAUAUCCUUCAGAAUGCUUUUGAUGGCUACAAUGCGUGCAUCUUUGCCUAUGGACAAACAGGGUCUGGAAAAUCUUAUACUAUGAUGGGCACAGCUGACCAACCUGGAUUAAUCCCAAGACUCUGCAGUGGACUCUUUGAACGAACCCAAAAGGAGGAAAAUGAAGAGCAGAGUUUUAAAGUAGAAGUGUCCUACAUGGAAAUUUAUAAUGAAAAAGUUCGAGACCUUCUUGAUCCCAAAGGAAGCCGCCAGACACUGAAAGUCAGAGAGCAUAGUGUGUUGGGACCCUAUGUGGAUGGACUUUCUAAACUGGCUGUCACAAGCUACAAGGAUAUAGAGUCUUUGAUGUCUGAGGGUAACAAAUCCCGGACAGUUGCGGCAACCAACAUGAACGAGGAGAGUAGCCGAUCCCACGCGGUCUUCAAAAUCACCCUCACACACACACUCUAUGACGUGGAGUCUGGGACAUCUGGGGAGAAAGUGGGCAAACUGAGCUUGGUUGAUUUAGCUGGCAGUGAACGAGCAACAAAAACUGGAGCUGCUGGCGACAGGCUGAAGGAGGGCAGCAACAUUAACAAGUCUCUCACAACCCUCGGUCUGGUUAUCUCAGCCUUAGCAGAUCAGGGUGCUGGCAGAAACAAAAAUAAAUUUGUUCCAUACCGUGACUCAGUUCUCACGUGGCUGCUCAAAGACAGUCUAGGGGGUAACAGCAAGACGGCCAUGGUGGCUACAGUGAGUCCCGCAGCUGACAACUACGACGAAACCCUCUCCACUCUGCGCUACGCAGAUCGAGCCAAGCACAUCGUCAACCACGCUGUGGUGAAUGAGGAUCCCAAUGCCCGGAUCAUCCGGGAUCUCCGCGAGGAGGUCGAGAAGCUCCGGGAGCAGCUGACCAAGGCCGAGGCAAUGAAAUCUCCAGAGCUAAAAGACCGGCUGGAAGAAUCUGAGAAGCUAAUCCAGGAAAUGACUGUGACCUGGGAGGAAAAAUUAAGAAAAACAGAAGAGAUUGCCCAGGAGCGACAGAAGCAGCUGGAGAGCCUUGGAAUAUCGCUUCAGUCCUCGGGAAUCAAAGUUGGGGAUGAUAAGUGCUUCCUGGUUAAUCUGAACGCCGACCCUGCUUUGAAUGAGCUUCUGGUGUACUACUUAAAGGAACAUACAUUGAUAGGGUCAGCAGAUUCCCAGGACAUCCAGCUGUGUGGAAUGGGAAUUCUUCCUGAACACUGCAUUAUAGACAUCACCUCAGAAGGCCAGGUUAUGCUGACUCCUCAAAAAAACACCAGAACAUUUGUGAAUGGGUCUUCAGUCUCCAGUCCAGUACAGCUGUACCACGGGGACAGAAUCUUAUGGGGAAAUAACCAUUUCUUCAGACUCAGUUUGCCAAAAAAGAAGAAGAAAGCAGAACGAGAGGAUGAGGAGCAGGAUCCUUCCCUGAAAAAUGAUGGUAGUUCUGAGCAGCUGGAUGUGGACGGGGACUCCUCCAGUGAGGUAUCCAGUGAGAUCAACUUCAGUUUUGAGUAUGCACAGAUGGAGGUGACCAUGAAGGCGCUGGGCAAUAACGAUCCAAUGCAGUCGAUCCUGAACAGCCUAGAACAGCAGCAUGAAGAAGAGAAGCGAUCUGCGCUUGAGCGCCAGAGGCUCAUGUACGAGCAUGAGCUGGAGCAGCUCCGACGAAGGCUGUCUCCAGAGAAGCAGAACUGUCGCAGCUCGGACAGGCUCUCCCUGCACUCGCCUAGCGCCCAGCAGCGCCUGCGACAGUGGGCGGAGGAGAGAGAAGCAACAUUGAAUAACAGCCUGAUGAGGCUGAGGGAACAAAUUGUUAAAGCCAAUCUGUUGGUGAGAGAAGCUAGUUACAUUGCAGAGGAGCUGGAUAAAAGAACCGAGUAUAAAGUGACCCUCCAGAUUCCAGCCUCCAGCCUGGAUGCCAAUAGGAAGCGGGGCUCUCUUCUCAGUGAACCUGCAAUCCAGGUGAGAAGAAAAGGCAAAGGGAAGCAGAUUUGGUCUUUGGAGAAACUGGACAACAGGCUGUUGGACAUGAGAGACCUUUACCAGGAGUGGAAGGAGUGUGAGGAAGACACCCCGGUAAUCCGAUCUUACUUCAAGCGUGCUGACCCUUUCUACGAUGAACAGGAAAAUCACAGUCUAAUUGGGGUGGCCAAUGUCUUCCUCAAAUCCCUUUUCUAUGAUGUGAAGUUACAAUAUGCUGUUCCGAUCAUCAACCAGAAGGGAGAGGUGGCGGGCCGGCUGCAUGUGGAGGUGAUGCGAAUCAGCGGUGCCAUCGGGGAAAGGAUUGCAGGAGGCGAUGACCCCAUGGAGGUCCUCUGUGAGAAAGAGGCCCAGGAGAACAGACUGGUCUGCAUGGUUAAAAUACUCCAAGCCACAGGGCUGCCCCAGCAUCUGUCCCACUUUGUGUUCUGCAAAUACAGCUUCUGGGAUCAUCAGGAGCCGGUGAUUGUGGCCCCGGAAGUGGACACCUCUUCUUCCUCGCCCAUCAGCAAGGAACCGCACUGCAUGGUGGUCUUUGAUCACUGCAGUGAGUUUUCUGCUAACAUCACUGAAGACUUUAUUGAGCACCUUUCGGAAGGGGCCUUGGCAGUUGAAGUAUAUGGGCAUAAGAUAAAUGAUCCUCGGAAAAACCCAGCCCUGUGGGAUUUGGGAAUCAUCCAAGCAAAAACACGGAGUCUGCGGGACAGGUGGAGUGAAGUUACUAGGAAGUUAGAAUUCUGGGCUCAGAUCUUGGAACAGAAUGAGAAUGGUGAAUACUGCCCUGUAGAAGUAAUUCCUGCAAAGGACGUCCCAACAGGAGGCAUCUUCCAACUCCGGCAGGGGCAGUCCCGGCGAAUCCAAGUGGAAGUGAAGUCUGUACAAGAAUCGGGGACUUUACCACUAAUUGAAGAAUGCAUACUGUCUGUUGGCAUUGGAUGUGUGAAAGUGAGGCCCCUCAGGUCCCCCAAGACACACGAGAGCUUCCACGAGGAAGAGGACAUGGACAGCUACCAGGAUCGGGAUUUGGAGAGACUACGCAGAAAAUGGCUAAAUGCGCUAACAAAACGUCAGGAAUACUUGGAUCAGCAGCUGCAGAAGCUUGUCAGCAAACCCGAUAAAUCGGAGGACGAUGCUGACCGGGAGGCGCAGCUCCUGGAGAUGCGGCUGACCCUGACAGAGGAGAGGAAUGCUGGGAUGGUCCCCUCCGCGGGCAGCGGCAUCCCUGGCGCCCCUGCAGAAUGGACCCCAGUGCCUGGGAUGGAAACCCACAUUCCUGUCAUAUUCCUUGACUUGAAUGCUGAUGAUUUCAGCUCUCAGGAUAACCUUGAUGACCCAGAAGCUGGUGGAUGGGAUGCUACCCUGACUGGGGAAGAGGAGGAAGAGUUCUUUGAGCUGCAAGUUGUGAAGCAUCAUGAUGGGGAGGCAAAAGCAGAGGCCUCUUGGGACUCGGCGGUGCACAGCUGCCUGCAGCUCAGUAAAGGGACACCAGCUGAUGAGCGAGUCUUCCUGAUCGUGCGCGUGACGGUGCAGCUCAGCCACCCUGCAGACAUGCAGCUGGUCUUGCGCAAAAGGAUCUGCGUCCAUGUUCACAGCCGCCAGGGUUUUGCUCAAAGUCUCCUAAAAAAGAUGUCUCAUCGAAGCUCUAUUCCUGGCUGUGGAGUGACCUUUGAAAUUGUCUCCAAUAUUCCAGAGGAUGCCCAGGGAGUAGAGGAACGUGAAGCACUGGCUAGGAUGGCAGCUAAUGUGGAAAACCCAGCUUCUGCAGACUCGGAGGCAUACAUCGAGAAGUACCUCAGGAGUGUGCUGGCCGUGGAAAACCUCCUGACGCUGGAUCGCCUUCGCCAGGAAGUGGCAGUGAAGGAGCAGCUGACAGGGAAGGGGAAGCUGAAUAGGAGGAGCAUCAGCUCCCCCAACGUGAACAGAUUGUCUGGAAGCCGGCAAGAUCUUGUCUCUCCACACAGUCUGGGCAGCAACAAGGGCCGGUGGGAAAGUCAACAGGAUUUAUCCCAAGCACCAGUUUCCAGAGGAAUAGCUCCAGCACCCCCAACCCUACCUGAUUGUCCCCAAAGUAACCACUCUCCAGAUCCAGGACUCAGUAGUCUCGCAGCCUCCUACUUGAAUCCAGUGAAGUCCCUGGUGCCGCAGAUGCCGAAGCUGCUGAAGUCUCUCUUUCCUGUCCGUGAUGACAGACGGGCCAGACAGCCACUGCCCCUUGCACACCAGCCCGUGCCCCGCAUCCUGGUACAGGCUCCUUUCCCGGACACCCAGGUGGCCAGGACGGAGGAGGCUCAGCGAGGGAGCCCGGGGCCUGGUGGGACCUUGGAGGCCAUGGUGUCGAUGGCGACCCCGGCCGUGCCGGUGUCGGACAAGCCAGCCACCGCGCCCACCGCUGCGAUCACCGCCGCCGCCCCCGAAGGGCAGGAUGGGCCCCCCAGCCCCCUGAGCGAGGCCUCCAGCGGCUACUUCUCGCACAGCGUCUCCACCGCCACCCUGUCCGACGCGCUUGCCCUCAGCCUGGACGCCGGGGGCCCAAGUGGGCAGACGCCCAGCUCCCCGCCCGCCCCGGGCCAGGCCCCAGCGGCCCAGCCGGCCUCUCCCUCCUGCAUGCAGAGCUGCCUGCCGGUCGGGGAAGAGCCCCUGGCCCAGCCUCCUCCACCUGCCUCCCACGCGGAGCUUGAGGUCCCCAGGCCCCCGCUGCUGCCCGACUCCCAGGCGCCCGCGUCCCCGUUCAGGAUCCGGAAGGUGCGCACCUCGGAGCUGAAGUCCUUCACGCGCAUGCUCGGUGGCGGCAGCGGAUGCUCCGCUCCCAGGGACCUGCCAGGUGCAGGCGGACCGGGCGACUCCGGAGAGCAGGCCGCGGGAAGGCCAGAAGUGGAGUCCGACUCCGAGGAAGCCAGCGAGGUCCCCGAGUGGCUCACAGAGGGGGAGUACGUUGCUGUGGGCACCAACAAAACAGGCAUCGUGCGGUACAUCGGGCCAACCGACUUCCAGGAGGGCACGUGGGUUGGCGUGGAGCUUGACCUGCCUUCCGGAAAGAAUGAUGGCUCUAUCAGCGGGAAGCAGUACUUCAAGUGCAACCCUGGCUAUGGGCUGCUGGUGCGGCCAGCCCGGGUGCGCAGGGCCCAGGGCGCCGGGCGCAGGCGCAGCGCUGGGCUCCGGGCGCAGGGUGCCCCCGAGGCCCGCCGGAGAGCCACACUGUCGGGCUCUGCUACCAACCUGGCCUCACUGACAGCCGCCCUGGCCAAGGCUGACAGGAGCCACAAGAUCGCGGAGAACCGGAAGUCCUGGGCCAGCUGAGCGCGGGUGCCUGGUGGGCACUGAAGGGGACCUCCCCAAGCAGGGCCGUGAAUGCUUUUUGCACGAUGCAGGGCUGGUGACUUCCCAGUUCCCAGCUCCCUGGGACCCCAGAAGCUUCGCUUCUUCCUUUCCUUGGGGGUGGAGGUUCUGGAAGCCCGGGGCGCUGUGGGGUGGUGGCUGAGGCCCUGAGCCACACAGCCAGGGCUGGGGGUGUCCCUGCUGGGUUCUGUGGUGCCCACCUGUUUUCUACUCUGUCACCCCACUAAUGUCUUAAUUUAAACCCUGGCCCUAAUAGUCCAUGCUGUGCCCAGCAAGGGUUCUGCCCUCCACCCCAAGUGCCAGCUCCCUUAAGUGCCUCGUCUUUGUGGGUGUCCUGGCACCCUUAAACCUGGUUACCAUUUAUUGCCUAACAGGAUGCUUGGAAUGUAUUUAUUUAUAUUUAUUUUUCCAAGUUGACCUCCCUCGUGUCCUCCCAGGCCUCUGCCUUCCGUCCUUGGCUGCCGGCCUCCUGCCUGGUAUGUGGGUCCUGGAGGUGGCUGGGAUGCAGCCCUCGUCGGUCCCUUUCUCGCAGACACCCAAGUGGCCUUACUGUGGGGAAAGCGGUCCGGGACAGGGUGGUCUGCCCUGCAGGGGUGACAGUGGGGCGGUGUCGCUGCCUCGUUGGGUGGAGCAGUGGUGCUGGGGCAUCCUCAGGCCAUGUUAACUUCUUGCUUCCUGAGCUCUGACUACGGCCUGGCAGGUGGCUGUGGAAGGACAGCAGCUCAGCGACGUCUCGGGACCCAGGCCCAGCCCUGGCUCCCCUGGUGUUCCCGUCGCCUCUGUGCCUGCGGUGCUGGCUGCGCUGGGAGGGAGCAGCACAUGUGUGAGUCUGGGGGAGGGCAGUUUGGAUGCGGAAGGGGACAGAUCCUGGCCUAGGCCUGCUGGGCCACCACAGCCCCCAGCUCAGGAGGGAAGCUGGGCGCCCUCAGAGCCCGUUUCUAGUUCCUCCACUUCCACCCCGAACUUGCCCGAAAAGCUUUCGUGGCAGAAUCCCUGGUUCUCGGGUCUGAAGCCAGUGGCAGGAAGUGGUGCCAGGCCCUGACUCUGGGUGGGACAGCCCCGCAGUGGUUCCUGGGAACACAGCCGCAGGUCCCCCACAGUGUGGCCCAGUGCCCAGCUGGUAGCCGAAUCUACUUGGUGUCACUAAUGCGUAUGUGUUACUGUACCCUGGCAGAGCUCUGCAGACCACCUUUCAACCGAAUAGGACCAGGGCUGGGGGGACCGGGUCUUCCUGUUUCCUUGGCAACAUAGCCAGACACCAGGGCUCUGGGCCGGGGGACCUGCCGGGGAGGAUCCUAGCACCAUCCUGUGGGGACAGUGUGGCCCUGAGGGGAGCCCUAGCUGGAGGCAGCAUCAGUUUAGCUUCCUGCCUGUCUUCAGCUGGCACUUGGGGGACAGCUGCCCGGUGUGUCACCAAAUGAGUGCUGUCAGCUUCGUGGGGCUUUCUGCUUGCUCCACCCCAUGCAGCACAGGCCUGGGUAGUUAGAUUUUGUCAUGCGCCACCUGUCCCUUGCGUAUCGUCUGGCCCUGUGGUCUGGGAAGGAGUCAGCACCCCCCAGGACUCCCUGGAGGAAGGGCAGGCCCUGUGUGCUGUGCAGAGGGGAUGUCGUGGAGGCGUGAGACCGUGGGGUGUCACUCACGUGCAGAGUCAUGGGCUUGCCGGAUCCAGGAUCCGGCUGCCCAGGAUGUGGUGUGAGUCACCAGGCGGAGCGGGGGAUGCCGUGCUCUGUGGUCCAUCAGGGUGACUUCCGGUGGAGCAGGAGCUGGAGGAGUGACUGCCCUGAUGGCUGCUUGUAGUGGAGCUGGCAGGUGGCAUGGGGUCUUGAGCUGCCUGGCUGUGCCCUGCUGGCAUCGCAGUCUGAUGGGCGCAGCGACCUCCUCUGCUCCUCCAGACCUGGGCCCGGCCCCCGCCGAGCCCUUGUCCUGCUGCCCCAGGCAGAUGGCGUGGAACCACUGGCCACCUGUUUUGCUCUCCUGGGCUGGGUGCAGCUCGCUCAGCACCCACAUGUUCCUGGGCAGCUUCUCAGGAAUCACGGUGCCUUCCUGGUGGCUGCAGACCCUGAUGGUGUUGGGAGUCUGGGCACAGCUUCUUUAUGUGCAGAUUUUGUAAACAGCAUGAGUUCACAUGAAAGAAGUGGCUUUGAUUCGGGAAUUAUAGUGAUUUGGUACACUUAGGUGGGAGGUAAAAAAUCCAAAGACUGCAAUGAAUUGUAAAGAUGUCAGUGGUUUGCAUUGUACAAUGAACUAAACCUCUGUAAUUUUGUACCAUAUACGCCUUUCCAGCAAAGGACCAGCAGCUUCUAAAUAAAACCAGAUGAUUUCUCGCCUCUGA